AUGUACAAGUACUUCAGCAAUUUGACGAGGUUCACCCAAAAAAAAAAUAUGAAACUAGAUAGCUUGAAGCAAGAACAACCCUUCUUAGCUGACGAUUCUGUAGGAACUCUUUUACUCCCUAAAGAUAAGUUUUCGUUCUGGAUUACUUAUGCAUUCAGUGAACACAUGCAUCAACUUGCAUCUAAGAUUUGGGGAGGUCUUGCUAUUUUGUUAGCCGUUCUUACAAUUACCUUUGGAAUUCUAGGUAAUGAUAUAUCGAUAGCAUUCUUUAUUUUCUCGUUGUUUUCUCUUCUUUUCUUCCUUAUACUAUUUGCCGUAAACUGUGAAAGGGACCACAAAUUGUACAAGUUAAAUUCUCACAAUAAAAUGAAGCUUUUGAUGGAUAUUAUUGAAAAUAAACCGAACGCAUCAGUACAAAGUUGGGAUAUUAUCGCACGUCAUAUGAAUAAAUACCUCUAUUUAGAAGGAUAUUAUAAUACUCCAAAUUUCUUUUACGAUGGUAAUGAAGUUUAUUACUGGUUUAGAAGGUUUGUGCUUGAAGCUCGAAUGGCCCCUCAGCAGAAUAUUGCAACUACCACGCAGAACUCAUCAAGUGUCGCGGAUUCUAAAGAUGGCGUAAAGGAACUAGAUCCCAACAUUGCUUCGGGAACAUCCCCAGAAUUAGCUGUACUACAAGCAUCACGAAUUGCUGCGUCGAAUUUGGCUGAUCGAACUGAACUUGGGAAAUAUGAAAUAGUAGCUUUACAAGUAUAUGAAGAAUCAGUUGCAGAGUAUUGGGCCAAUGAAUAUCCUGUAGCUUUCGAAAGAGUAGAAAAUUUCGUGGAUACUACAAACACUGGAACGUCUAAACAAGAUACCACGGCAGAAUAUGCAGAUAUGGUUUAG